UGGGAAUAUCCAUGACCAACCCCACUCUCACUCGUGCUAUAUUGCUUAAGUAUAGAACAAGAAUGGCUGGACAGGACAAAACAUGUGAUGUGAAGGUCAACACUCAAGUGAACAUCUUAGCUACAGAUCCCAUUGGUGUUGAAACUCUGAGAGCAGUUAUUGUGCGGAAAGGUGCAAGUGUUCUGGCAGAUUAUGAGGCCUCUGGAACACUCUCAGAGUCUUCAAGAAAACUCCUUGUUAAAAUCGCUGUCAGUGAGUUGAUUGAGAGGAAGGGAUUUCGACAGUUAUCCACAAAGUGAAGACAAAUCCAAGUUGGCCAGAUCUAUGGUAGCACUUUUCCCAUCACUCAAAAUCAAGAUGGGAGAGGAGAAUGAGGGAUUUGAACAUUUCUAUGACCCCAUAUCCCACAGUGGAUUCCUUGAGAUCCGACUCCGAAAUCUAAGGAGGAAUCUUCAAGAUGAUCAACGCCGUUAUCAGCGCAAGCGUGUCAAGUCCACUGAUAACCCUAGAGCGUCCAUUAGGGUGGAAAUGCCUGCAGAAGGGGAUGAUUCAGUCAACGAAUGGAUGACGGUUAUAAAAAGAAUGAGACCGUGUCAGGAAAACCUCAGCACCAUCAAAGAAGCCGUGGACAAAACCUAUGCUAGUCGAAGGUUGUGGAUUGCUGCUAGACAUCCAACGUUGGAGGAAUUUUUUGCAGAGUUUCCACGCUUUGUGGACAUGCCAUACUGUACAUGUUUGACACAGAAUUUGGAAAGAUGUUUCCUGGAAAAGCUGACAUGUAAAUCCGAAAAUGGGAGGGAACCAUCAUCCCGAAGAUACUGAAAAUGUCCACAAAUGAACCUGCAGCUGCCUUGCCAUCAGUUCCUGAGGAUGAUGUUUCAUGUUACAGAGCUCUUCAUAAGCUUGUCCAUCUGCUGCCCCCCACUGCAUCAGGCAGGGGCAAAGGGAACACCAAAUGCAGUGUGAAGUCAGCUUUGGGCUACCUUUUGCAUAUAAAACCGCUAGCUGUGCCACAAAUACUCCUUCGGGGAAGCGCAGGCUGGUACUGCAACAUUCCUCCCAACCGCCUCCUCCCUUUCUGGGAAACGUGCCAACAGUCGGGGAAACCAAAAGGGAAACCAAAAACCCUUCUCAAUGUCCAGGUCCAGUAGAAAAACUUGUGAACAACAGAUGUCUUGUCAGAAGAUUGACAGACUCUGUAUCGACAUACGUCCAUGAGGGAUUAAGGGCUUGGAUGUGUAAAAGCCAAUGAUUGACCUUUGAGGAAAACAGCAUGGCUUCACCAGAUGAAGAACUUUUGCAUCACUCAAAAUUACAAGAGGAGGAUCUACCACACCAAAGACCAGGUGUCCCCCCAGCAGUUCGACCAAGAUGCAAGAAAGAAAUAGCUGCUCCACCAGCAGUUCCACCAAGACGUAAAAGAGAAAUAGGUGUUCCACCAGCAGUUCCACCAAGACGUAAAAGAGGUCAUCUGCUAUCAUUUCUUAGCAAAUUGGGUCUUUUGGAAUUGUAUCCAAAUAAACUCACUCUCAGUUCUUUACUGGAGAUAAGCAAUGGUGCAAUGUUAGACAAAAAGGUGGAGUCUCUCAAAGAUGUCCCUCUGGCUUUCAUAAGAAAACUACUGAUGAUCAAUAAAAAGUGCCGGAAUCACACAACCGCAGACUCUGGUGGCAAUGAGGAGGAGGAGGAGGAGGAAGUCAAUCCCUUGGAUCUGGUUACCGCGCUCUACCUUUGUGCUGACAGCUUUUUGCAGCAAGAAAUGUCCAUCAAGAUGUCAAUGUGCCAGUUUGCUGUCCCUUUUCUAUUACCUUGCCCUGAUAAUAAUCAGUGCACACUCAUGGUAUGGGCUCUUAGGAAUAUUUACAAAGAGUGGCGACCCCAUGACCUUAUGCACAACAAAAACCAUUUAGAGGACAGUGUGGUCCAUGCACCCAUACCUCUCCUUACCUUUGUUCGUCUGAAAGACUGUAGACUCUCCAAAUCCCAAUUUAUCAAUCAUAUCCUGAGUACACAACAAAGUAUACAUUUCACACACAGAGACAUGGAUGGAGGAAAUGUCCCAAAGAAGAUCGCAAAUGGCCUGGUGGAGAUUGCCUGGUGUCUUCCAUGUGGACAGAGCAACAUUGAUGUGUUUCCUGAACCUGUGGCAAUAGUUAAUAUGAGGGGAGACAUACUUUCCAAAGAAACACAAUUCAGUUUCCUCAUGCAGGUGUCUACUGCAGUUUUUGUGUUCUUUGACACAAUGACCCAAGAGGAGGAGAGGUUGUUGGAUUUACAGGGCCCUCUAAAGUCCAAACUGUUUUUGGUGAUGAAUUCUGAAAUGGAGGGACAUCAUUCAAAGUCUGUUGAUACACUGAAACUCCAGGAAAAUCAUGUACUAAUUCGGAAACGGAACCUCAACAUGGCAAAGUUCUCCAAGCAGAUAAUUGGUGCCAUAACAACAGCCUUGGAAGCGUGCAAGAAAAUUAACAUAGAGGAAAUGUCAGACAUCGCACAUGAUUUGGGGAUCUCUGUGGACGAAUGUAAAAAUAAGGCCUCACAGUCAGCAAAGCUUGCAGCUGAUGACAUAAUGAAAGGCAUUGGGGUUCGUCCAAUAGCUGACUACAAGAAGAAACAGCUGCCUCUCCAAAGUGAAUACUUCAAAAAAAUAGCUGAAAUUGAGAUGGAGGAAUGCAGACUACAGAACGCAGGUGAUCUCAGUCUAGAAGAAUACAAGGCUCAACUUCUUGGGGAAAAAUGUACAUUGAGAAAAAGACAAGGCAGCAUCAGGACUGCAAAAGCAAUGGAGCAGUUCAUUCAAGCACUGUCUACCACAGACAAAGAGCAGAGAACAUUCUUUCUCAAGUGGAUGUCACUGAAACUAGAUAGGAAAUCUCACUUAACAGUACUUCGCAAAAAAAUCAAAGAAACAGGCCAGGGAAAGGACAACAUAUCAACAGUAGAGAUUGAUCAGCAGCUUCUGGACAAUUCUUUGGGCAUUGAACAUUACAUGAGAGAAAUGGGACAGAUGUACGAAUCCAGACCGUCAGAUGUUAGAAGAAACCUCCCUUCUGUUGCUGCUGAGCUUUUACUUGAUGGAUACCCCAUGGAGCUUCUUGAUGGAGACGCAUCCAUCAUUCCAGAGAAGUGGGUGACUGAUGUUCUUAUGGAGGUGCACAGAAAAGUAGGGAGCUCUCGACUCUUGGUCGUGUCUGUUUUGGGUGUGCAGAGCACAGGGAAAUCUACUCUGCUCAACACCAUGUUUGGCGUCCAGUUCCCUGUUAGCAGUGGCCGCUGUACUCGUGGAGCCUACAUGCUCUUCCUCUCCGUUGGACAGGAACUCCGAGAGGAGCUGGAAUAUGACUUUGUGCUGCUCAUUGACACUGAGGGCCUUAAAGCACCUGAACUUGCCACACUUGAUGGCAGCUUCAAGCAUGACAAUCAACUUGCAACACUUGUAAUAGGCCUCAGUGAUGUGACCAUCAUAAAUAUUGCCAUGGAGAAUUUAGCAGACAUGAAAGAUGUUCUGCAAAUAGCAGUUCAUGCAUUUCUGAGGAUGAAGCAACUUGGAAAGAAACCAGUCUGUCAUGUCUCAGGUGUAUCUGCACACAGCAAACUCACGAAAGAUCGGAAGCACCUUUUGGACCAGUUGAAUGAAAUGACAAAGAUUGCUGCUGGCAUGGAGAACCAGUCUGAAAUAAAGGAGUUCACUGAUGUGUUGGAUUAUGAUGUAGAAAAGAACAACUGGUACAUACCAGGCCUGUGGCAUGGAACUCCCCCAAUGGCACCUGUCAAUUCAGGGUACAGCAAAGCUGUGCAUGAGCUCAAAAGGAGUCUGCUAAACCUUAUGAACACUGAACAUUUAUCAGAGAUUCCGGAUUUUCUGAUAUGGAUGAAUAGCUUAUGGAAUGCAGUUAAACAUGAACACUUCAUCUUUAGCUUUAGAAACACACUUGUUGCCUAUGCCUAUGACAGCCUUUGUAAAGAGUUCUCAGGAUGGGAAUGGUCUUUCAGGAAGUGCAUCUACUCAUGGCUGAACAACGCAGAGACACAGGUAUCUAACACUGACACCAACAGAGUAAAGAGUUGCUCUGAAGAUUUGGAAUUGGAUGCCUUCAAAGUAAUUGCAGAUCAGACAGCUGAGAUGAAGAAGAAUUUGAAUGAGUAUUACAAACGCAAAGACAUGUAUGUGAACCUAGUGGAAAGGUACAGGUCUGAGUUCCAAAUUAAUAUCAAAAGUCUUGGCCAAGAAAUUACAAAAUUGGUUGAGAAUAAACUUCAGUCUGCAAUUUGUCUGAAACUGGUCAUGGAACUGGUAAACCAUCAGUUUUGGCCAGCAGAUAGAGCCAAUGGUGGGCCAUCUCUAGGCGACAGUGACGGCAAGACUCAGCUAUCAACAUGA